AUGGAAGAACUUCCGUCAGGUACCGCUUCAACUGAAGAUGAGGAUACGGAAUUUUGCGAGCAAUAUUUCAAUAACACGCAUACGCGCGAUGCUUCGGGUCGCUACACUGUUCGGCUCCCCUUUAAUUUGCCUCCAACGUCACUCGGAGACUCCUUCUCGGCCGCUUCCCGAUCACUUCACCGACUUCGAGCUCGGUUGGCUGAAGACGAGUAUAUCAGCCGGCUGUACAAAGAAUUUCUUCAAGAAUACGAGGCUCUUCAUCACAUGAUUCCGGUUUCCGACGUAAGACCGACGAAUCCGUGCUUCAUCCUUCCGCAUCGCGGAGUCGUGCGUGAGCACAGUGUCACCACAAAACUCCGUGUAGUUUUCAACGGGUCGUGCAAAACUAACACCGGUUUCUCGCUAAACGACAUACUUCAUACCGGGCCGAAGCUUCAACAGGACAUUUCAGAUGUACUUCUAUGGAUUCGGCAACAUCGGUUCAUCUUCGCUACGGAUAUUACAAAAAUGUAUCGGCAAAUCCUCAUACACCCGGACGAUCAAGAGUUCCAACGGAUUCUCUGGUUCGAUUCAAACAACGAGCAGAUCAGCUAUAAACUCACAACCGUAACAUACGGUUUGAGUUGCGCCACGUAUUUGGCUAUUCAGGUAAUGCUUCAACUUGUCGAAGACGAAGGCCAUGAGUUCCCUCUGGCCGUGCUUCCGUUAACUCAAGGACGCUAUGUCGACGAUAUUUUCGGCGGAGCUGAUUCUGUCUCAGAGCUUCGAGAAAUCUCUCUUCAACUGGAAAAAAUUUGUGCCCGCGGUUGCCUUCCACUUCAAAAAUGGACUUCGAAUUCACCAGCGGCUCUUCAACAUCUAGACUCUUCAGCCUUACAACCUGAAGCCGUCUCGAUUAAAUCGGAGGAUUCAACGACGAAGCUAUUGGGCCUAGUAUGGGAUCCAAUCAAGGAUGUGUUUCGGUUCAAUCUUCAGGCAAACUUCUCUUCAACAAUAACUAAGCGGAUCGCACUAUCGGAAACUGCUUCCUUAUUCGAUCCCCUUGGUUUCCUUUCUCCCGUAAUUAUUACGGCCAAAAUCUUCAUGCAGGAGCUCUGGCUCGCAAAACUGCAUUGA